AUGACUGAAGAACAAAGUCGUCAGAAGAGUUAUGUUUAUAUGAGGAGCAGAGACUUAUCCUUUGAUAUUAUGGAGAACGUUGGGCUUGUUGCUUUUAAAGUUGCAUUGCCGGACUAUUUUGGGGAAGUUCAUGAUGUAUUUCAUGUGUCGUCAUUGAAGAAGAGUUUUGGACAGCGAGAACCACAUUUUGUUGACCCAGAACACAUUCAACUUCAGCCUAACCUUACUUACGAAGUUGCCCCGACGCAGAUUGUGGAUUGGAAGGAGCAAAGAUUAAGGUCCAAGACGAUAUCUUUAGUGAAAGUGUCAUGGGAUUUUGAUGCCGAUGAUGCUGAGGGUGAGCUUAAGGAUUCGGCUCCGCCAGAGGAGUGA